AAUCAGAUGACCGAGAUGAAUUAUAACACUCUUCUUGAAGAGAUUCUUAUUAAAAGGUCACAACAGAAGAAGAAAACUUCACCUUUAAACUACAAAGAGAGGCUUUUUGUACUAACAAAGUCUAUGUUGACUUACUAUGAAGGCCGAGCAGAGAAAAAAUAUAGAAAGGGAUUUGUUGACAUCUCAAAAAUCAAAUGUGUGGAAAUAGUGAAGAUUGAUGAUGGUGUUAUUCCUUGUCAGAAUAAAUAUCCAUUUCAGGUUGUCCAUGAUUUGACUACACUUUACAUUUUUGCCCCCAGUGCACAAAGCAGAGAUCGAUGGGUGAAAAGCUUAAAGGAAGAAAUCAAGCACAACAACAACCUGAUGGUCAAAUACCAUCCCAAGCUCUGGGCAGAUGGAAGCUAUCAGUGUUGUAGACAAACGGAAAAGUUAGCACCUGGAUGUGAAAAAUAUAAUCUCUUUGAGAGCAGUGUAAAGAAAGUACUACCUCCAGCACCAGAAAAAAAUAAGCGAAGGCCUCCACCUCCUCUUCCGCCUGAAGAAGAUAAAAAUGAAGAAAUAGUUGUAGCAAUGUAUGAUUUCCAAGCAACAGAAACACAUGAUCUCAGACUAGAGAGAGGCCAAGAAUAUAUUAUACUGGAAAAAAAUGAUGUUCAUUGGUGGAGAGCAAGAGAUAAGUAUGGGAGUGAAGGAUACAUUCCAAGCAACUAUGUUACAGGGAAGAAAUUGAGCAACUUAGAUCAAUAUGAAUGGUAUUGUCGAAAUAUGAACAGGAGUAAGGCAGAGCAGCUUCUUAAAAGUGAAGAUAAAGAAGGAGGUUUCAUAGUGAGGGACUCCAGUCAACCAGGCAUGUACACAGUCUCCCUUUAUACCAAAUUUGGAGGGGAAGGUUCAUCAGGAUUUAGACACUAUCAUAUAAAGGAAACAACAACAUCUCCAAAGAAGUACUAUCUGGCAGAAAAACACGCAUUUAAUUCAAUUCCUGAAAUUAUUGAAUACCAUAAGCACAAUGCAGCAGGGCUUGUCACCAGGCUGCGGUACCCAGUAAGUGCGAAAGGGAAGAAUGUACCAACAACUGCAGGGUUCAGCUAUGAGAAAUGGGAAAUCAACCCCUCAGAGCUGACCUUUAUGAGGGAAUUGGGAAGUGGACUGUUUGGAGUAGUCAGGCUUGGCAAAUGGCGGGCCCAGUACAAGGUGGCAAUCAAAGCCAUUAGAGAAGGUGCGAUGUGUGAGGAAGACUUCAUUGAAGAAGCCAAAGUGAUGAUGAAGCUAUCUCACCCCAAAUUAGUUCAGCUUUACGGUGUGUGCACUCAACAAAGACCCAUUUACAUUGUUACGGAGUUCAUGGAAUGUGGCUGUCUUCUGAACUUCCUUCGACAAAGACAUGGUCACUUCAGUAGAGAUGUUCUGCUAAGCAUGUGUCAGGAUGUAUGUGAAGGAAUGGAGUACCUGGAGAAGAACAGUUUCAUCCACAGAGAUCUGGCUGCCAGGAAUUGUUUAGUGAAUGAGUCAGGAGUUGUGAAAGUAUCUGACUUUGGAAUGGCAAGAUAUGUCCUGGAUGACCAAUAUACCAGUUCAUCAGGUGCUAAGUUUCCAGUGAAGUGGUGUCCACCAGAAGUUUUUAAUUACUGUCGAUUUAGCAGCAAGUCAGAUGUUUGGUCAUUUGGUGUGUUAAUGUGGGAAAUAUUCACUGAGGGUCGAAUGCCUUUUGAGAAAAAUGCCAACUUUGAGGUGGUAACAAUGGUUAGCCGUGGCGACAGGCUUUACCGGCCAAAGUUGGCUUCCAGAUAUGUUUAUAAAGUGAUGCUGAGUUGUUGGCAUGAGAAACCAGAGGGAAGACCUUCAUUUGAAGAGUUGCUGCACACGAUAGAUGAACUAGCAGAAUGUGAAGAAACUUUUGGAAGAUAAAUGGUGCUAUAACUGGCAGAUCCCUAAUGCUAGAGCACAAGGAAAAAUGGUGCCUUGUGCAGAACUUUUCAUUUAUUUUGCACAUGGAUAAACAGCUUAUUUUGUUUAGUCUGGAAACACUCUAGGCCUUUACUUGAGGAGCUUUCACAGCACCAACAGUGUGGCUUGUUCUCCAAUUACGAUAAUAGCCUUGCAGAUAGGAACUACAAACUACAAAAAGACAGCUCUUCAAAGCCCCAGUCUUCUGGGGUGAAGCAUUGCUGUGUCAGUUGGAAGAAGCCAGGGUCAAACAGGAAUACAAAUGGUGCCAUGAGCUAGAGAAAUACCCUACCAGCUUCUCUCCUCAUUGCUUUCUCAAACCUAGAGCCCAGGGCCUCAUCCUGGAAAGAGGAAAGAUCCCAAAUCAUAUAAGUCACCAUCAUUGGGGUCAUUUUCAAUAUUACUAAGCAUUCUUCAACACUUAGGUGAUGUUGUAUGACUGCAAGUGAUGGAUUAACCCAUUCUUCAAAGAAUGACUAUUGUGUGUCCUCUGAAUGCAAUGCAGAAACACAUAGUAGGCAUGAAUAGUCAGCAAUAUAGUGUUACCAAGGAGUUGCAUAGAAUGUUUUCAGAGAAAUAUGAGAUUGGAAAAGGAGAUGGACCAGUCACAUAGCAAGAAUGAGGAAUGGGUAAGCUUUACACUCCAUUGGCUUCUAUUCACUGUCCAGAGAUCUAAGAGAAGGCUACAGAAUGUUGGGUGAGACUCUAUGAGAAAAUUCAGUGGGAGGAUAUGGACUAGAGAUGGACAGGAUGAGAAGGCACCAAUGGGUCACAAUCUGCACUGUGAAAGGGACUAUCCACAUCAGUAAGAUCACAGGUCCAUUGAAGUAUUACGUGUUUUCACAAUCCAAAUGACUUACGUGCUGUAUGUAUUGUAAAUAUAUACAUAUACAUAAAGUUAUAUAUUUAU